AGUCACGCUCCAAAAUUGGCGAGUGUAUCUGAUAUUCCUUUAUUACCCCUCAUCUUCAUAUUUAUUCACUGAUCUAUCCUUUUCUUUUCCCCCAAUUAAUAUAUUUCAAAACCCUAGAAAACUCAAUAAUCAAAUUGUAAUAACUUUGUAUUAGCGAAAGCAAUUACAAUCCCAAAUAAUCAGUAACAAUUGUUCACCUAUUUCAUUAAUUCUUAGAUAAAGGUUGUGGCUGUUGAAAAGAAAUUUUGCUCAAAUGAGGUUCAAAAAGGGGGAUAAGGUGGAAGUAAUGAACACAUCUGAGGUGCCAAUCUCAUGGCGUACUGCAGAGAUAGUGUCUGGUCAUGGCCACACUUGCAUCGUCAGAUAUGGUUCUGGUUUAGGAAUGAGAAGUGAAAAUUUUGAAGAAAGGGUAUCAAGGAAGAUGAUUAGGCCUUGCCCCGCUGUAGUGCACUGCGUGGAGACUUGGGCUCCUGGGGACAUUGUGGAGGUACAUAAUGACUACUCUUGGAAAGUUGCCAUUGUGCUCAGUGUUCUACCUCUUGAUCGUUAUUUGGUGAGACUACUUGGUUGCUCUCUGGAACUUAGCAUUCAUAAGUCACGCAUGAGGGAUCGACAAAAUUGGAAAGACGGAAAAUGGAUUUUUAUCAGAAAGGGUUGUGUUCGAGCUGGAGCCAAGAGAUUUAACAAAAUUUCAGCUCAAGAUUGUGGUCAGAAGAUGAAGUCGCAGCUGCUGACACUUGAUGCACCAACUAAAGUUCUGGGAGAAACUGAUGGUCUAGCCACCCAUGGAAAAAAUAGAGGGCAAGAGUCUUGUAUAAUCUCAUCAAGAUCCCUAAAGAGAAUGUCUCCUUAUUGUACAUCUGGUGUUGAUUCACUUUAUGGGAAUGCUCAGAAAUUUCAAGCCAUUGAGACAGAUAAUUGCAGGCGACGAGCAGCUCUGGCGACGACCUUACAGGAAAAGGUAGAUGCUGUUGCUUACCCAAGAGGAACUGUGGGUGAAAAAUACAUGCAUUCUUCCAUUAACAUUAGAUCAAAUGGAUUUAAUGAAUUGGAGAGAGAAGAUUUAGAUGGUGUCUUUGGCUUUUCCCCUCAAAGAAGCUUGGAACCUAGUGAUUCUGAUAGUGAUGCCUGCUCUGUUGGUAGUUGUAGUGUCACUAGUGAGAGACCAAACAAAUUAUUAAGUCAUCUUCCACGAGUUUCGUGUCGAGUUUCAGGUGUCCUUUGUAGUGACGCGGAGUCAGUUUGUGGUUCAGGUCCUUCAGGAUAUAAGGAGAAAUGUCAUAGUAAUCCUCCAGGAGAGGAAUUGGCAACGAGUGUUCAUGCAUUAGAGUUGCAUGCUUAUAAGUGCACCCUGGUGGCAUUAUAUGCUUCCGGAUCAUUAACUUGGGAACAAGAAGCAUUAUUAACUGAUCUUCGCAUAAUACUGCAUAUCUCAAAUGAUGAACAUUUGAUGGAGCUAAAGAACCUAAUUUCUUCUAAAGGUUCAUAUUAUAUCAAAUAGCAGUUGUAAUGUUUUUCUUUCUUUUCCUCUCUAUGGUAGGUUCUUGUUGCUAAUGUUGACCCUACAGAAUUGUAAAAAGCCAGAUGUCAUGUUACUUCUUUGUAACUUCAGAAGUUCAGUGUUGUCAAAUACAAUUUUUCUGACUAUUCACUUUUGUAGUAUGGGAUCUUGUAACUAUAUUUUUUCAUAUUGGAAACAUUUAUCAAUA